AUGAGUUUGAGCUUCGGCACCCACUUUUUCCCAAACUCCACCAGCUGCGGGUCCACCUCGUCGUCCUGGUUUGAAAGGUCUUCCUCUUCGUCGCUCUGGUCGAAAAAGUCGCCGUUGCCGGCACUGGGGUCCUCGAGCCACUCCUCGUACUCCUCCAGACCGUCGCCGAUCAGCGCGGCCGAGUCCUUGAACUUGGCUCUGAUCACGCCGCUGGCCCCGUUCUGCACCAGUCCGCCAAACGUGUCACAAACGUCCCAGAUCUUCCCCACCGAGACCAGUCUUGCGCCGCCCUCGCCGUCCUCUGCGUCCAGCAUCUCCACCAGCUCCUUACUCAGGCCACUAAAGAAGCCCAGCAGGCUCUGCGUGGCCUCCACGAUCGCCUGCACGUACAGAUUCGAGUACUUCUUCUUCUCUGCCACCAGCUGGGAGCACAGACUCACCAGCAGCACGAGCGUGCGUAUGAGCGCCUCGACCUCGACAAAACAGGCGUGGACCGGAUGGGCCGCUGGCCGUUGUGCCGGAGCCGGCGGUCCAUGGCUGCUCUGGGCACGGAAGAGUGACAACCACGGUGCUCUUGUCGGAAACAGUCACUGUGAAGGUCGACAGAUUGACGCUGCUAGUGGAGCAGGAGACGAGUGUGUCUGUUGCGGUGGUGUGCAGGGUAUCUGUGAGGGUGGUGGCGCCAGGGGAGCGGGUGGUAGCAGCGGUGGUAGCAGGGCCGGUGGAGGUGGAGGAGUUGGAGUAGCGAGCAGAGCUGAAGGUGGAGCUGGUUUUAGGGGCUGCGCUGGACGGUUUAGGCUUACCGGUGGACAGCGAGCUCUUGGAGACAGGUGUGCUCUUCGAGGAAGCAGGUGUGCUCUUGGAGCCAGGAGCAGAGCUUCUUGUGGAGGUAGCCACGGGGGUGCUCUUGGAGCUGGAGAAGCUGGAGAAGCUGGAGCUGGCAGUUUUCGUGCUGGAACUGCUAGAACUGGAGCUGCUGGAGCUGCUCGAUGGCUCGUAGCAGUAGCGCUCGAAACAUCUCUUGCACUGCUCGCCAAAAGCGAGGUUCUGCCGCUCGAUGUGUCUCUCCACGACGGCACAGCCAAUGCACUGCGCAAACUCCGGGUCAAAAUCAAUGCCGCCCUCGGAGGACAGCACAAUACCAUUGAACAGGUCUCCAUUGAACUCAUCGUCAGUGUAGUGAAUGCCUGUGGUGUUGCUGGAGUAGAUCAGGUCGCGGUUUGGAAUGUAGGCAAGCAAUGGAGGAACGUAGCCGUCGGCGCCCACAGUCGAAGCAUUGCAUCCAAAGAAGACCGUUCUCUUGUUCAGUCCAAGGUCAACAAAGUCUUGAAUGGUCUCGGGUAG